AUGGUUCAAGCACCCACCAUGUCUCGGCGCAGAGGCACACCUACGCUGGACUUGCCCCCGACGCUCGCCAAGCGAGCCUGCGCCUCGUGUCCUACAGACAUCAAGUGUCCCGUCUGUCCCAAAGGUCAGACGUGCCAGCAGAUCUUUCGAUCUGCCAAGGACUGCUCCUCUUGCCCCAGCAAUGUAUGCGUCGCGGAUCCCAACUACCAAGCGCCAGAGAGUGGUAGCAAAGCGGGACCGAUUGGCGGAGCUGUCGGAGGCGUCAUUGGCGCCUUGGCGUUAGCUGCGGUUCUCUUCUGGUUCUGGCUCGCGCGCAAGAGAAAGGCGAGAGCGGAAGCUGCGCGAGCACGUAUGGACGCCAAGGUCAGAGCUGCCGAGGCGGAAAAGUUCAGACCCGGCGGCAAUAAGCGCGGAUCUGCCUCUUCGGCCGGCGCGACCUCCAGCGAGCACCUUUCCUCGCGCUUGCAUGGCACGGAGGAGGGAGAGGAUGAAGACGAGGAGGAUGUCGAGUACACCGAGCUGCGCUCUGAUGGCCUCACCACCUACCGUAAGCCAGCAACGAGCAGUGGAGCAGAAGAGAUCUUGGUGGAUGAUACGCUCGACGUGAUGGGCUACAAUGGAGUGAAACGUCGCUCGACAGGUGCGGCCACUCACCUGAGCCGGAUCACCGAGGGUGCAGAAGAGGAAGAAGAGAUGGCCAGGCCCAGCCGAGCUCUCUCUUCCCGCAACGGGUUUGGUGGCGCGAACUCCCGUCAUCGAUCCCUCGGGUCCACUAGCUCAAUCAACUUGGAUCCAUAUGCAGGCAUCGUGCAGCGUGGGUCGGGCGGUCGGAACCUCCUUCAGGCAGGCUCCACAUCCUCGGCAGCAGCGAACCCCUUCUCAGAUAGUGCGUCAGUGACAAGCGAUGGGUCAGGCAGCACCAAGAUCAUUCCGAUCAUGUUCAGUGGGCAGAAACAACAGCGCCAGAGCAUGUCCCCUGCUUCAGCGGCGCAUCGCAACAUGUCUGGUCCCGCGCCCUUGAAAGCUCCUGAGCCUGCGCAUCGAGCGCCAGGAGCGCCGCUCAUCGACCUCAAGUCGGGCAGCGCUCCCAAGCGCGGCAGCUCAGUGUCCUCUCCUCAAACGACUUCGCCAGGCGGCAGCGUCGUGCUACGCGGCUCAUACUUCGCCUCGGGAGCCCAAAGUGCCUCUCCCAGUGCUGGGCCUCCGAGACCAACAAGAGACUCGGAGCUCAAUUUGCGCUUACCAGAUGGGUCCGAGCCGGGCAUGCGCAAGUCUUCGCGCACCAGCGCUGGCACUGCUGCGUCCAGCGCGCUCAUGCAUUCUGCGCAAGGAGAGCACUUCACCACCUUGAUGUCUCCUGCUGCCCCCUCGACGGCGCAUUCUCAACAAUUCGAUUUCCGCAGGACCGACCCGGCCGAGCACGACAACUUUCCCGAAGAGCUGCAGAAGAGCGCUGUGUAUGCUCGCAAGUACGCCGACAGGCAUCUGAGCACUGCGACCAGCAACACCGCCUCCAGCAGCGGUACCUCGGGAUUGGACUAUGUGCUGAGCACGCCCAAGAUCAUGACGCCUGCAUCUGCCGCAGCUCCUAAGCGCGUUGUUGUUGGACAAGGCAAGGCGCAGCUGGUUCGCAGCCUGAGCCAGCGCAGGAGGGAAGCUAAAGAAGCAGGCGAACGCACGGAUGCGAGUCCUACAGCAACGCCUGGUUCGGAAGCCAGCGAUCCCUUUGCCGAUACGCGAGCUUCUGCCACAGCGGAGUCAGUGGAGCGAAUUCACCCAGAUGGCGCUGUCGGAGCUACACAAGGAGAGCGCAGCGACUCCCGGCUGUCUUAUGGAACGUUUGGAGGAAACGCACGCGCGAAGAGGUCUAUUGGUCCACAGUCAUCUACGGACAUCGAAGACGACCUCAGCCAUGGAGACAGCAGCACGAGAGCGCCGAGUGCUGCAAGCGCAUUUACGAGUGACGACGGUACGAGUGGGUGGCGCAGGUACGAGGCUCCACCUUUGCCAACCUCUGGACCAUCUCAUACAGCCUAUGCCUCGGGCGCGCCAACGACGGGCUCGCAAUGGACUCAAAGCUCGGCUCCUGGUGGCGGCUUCGAGUCUGCAGCGCCAACGACCGGGACACAGUGGACACAGUCCUCACCAGACGGCUCAGCCCCUCCCACGAUGGACGACAUCAGGCCCGUAUCCACAAUGUCGUUUGGCCUACCUUUUGUCGAUUCUGCUAGCCGAGGUGUCAGAGAACCGCAGGGCAACAGUCCUCGCGAUGCGGCUGGAGACCCAGAAGAUCGCAAAAGCUACUGGACUUUUGAUGGGAACCGCGACUCGAGAGCAAUGAGCUCCACAUCAGGCCGACCGGACUCGACCAUCAGCGCGGCGCCAUCGGGGACUGGAGGUAUGCUGGCGAAGCGUGCGACUGCAGCCUCAGCUGCCUCACGCCCAGCAUCAUCGGCUACCACCGCUUUGCGUCAGAGCACGGCCAGCUCAAUUGGUGGCUUGAGCGUCUUCGACGGCAUCCCAUUCGUGCACUCCAACUCUGCAGGGGAGGAAGAGGUCAGGGAACAACCUGCACUUCCUGAAGACUUUGCUGGUAACAUUGCGCGCGCUCAGGCGGCUGACGUGGGCUCUAGAGAUGAGCUUGAGGUAGCCAACUCUCGGUCUGUCUCCCGCACGGCAUCUGCGCGAAACGGAGUCAGAAACGUAGACGAGAUCGAAGAAGAGGAGGAGCAGGACGACGAAGAGGAUGAAGACAGUCUUGAAGCUGCAGUCAUUAUGGACCGCUCGCCCAUGCUUGCUGCAAAGAAGGUGUAUGCAGGCAAGCCUGAACUGCGCUCCGCCUCAUCAAAGACAAGUCUCAGGAGUCAAAGCAGCGCCAAGUCGAAAGACGGCGCCUCUCUGAGCGCUCCCGCUCAGCCCAAAAUCGUCAACAUGGGCGCCAAUACCGACUUUGAGUCGCUCAGACUUCAACACGAGCUGGCACAGUAUCCCUUUGCAACGUACAGUCCGCCGGGCAAGGACGGAUGA